AUGGCGCCUGCAUCGUUUGUCGUCUAUUUCCAGGGAGAGUCUGACUUCGAUGAGCCUGAUUUUAUCGAUCUGCUUUUCCCGAUCCUGCUGCUGAUUGCCGUGGUGGCGCUUGUAGCCAUCACACCGCUGCUGCUCUGCGCGGCAUUCCACUUGCGCGGAGGCAUUACUCUAAGUGAUGUAGAAGGACCGAUCAAUGUCGCACACGAGGAGCAGCGUGAAAGCACGGGCGCGCUUGCCGAUGCACAGGCAGAGUGGCUCGAACACGCUGAUCCGAGCGAGCGCGCAGGGUAUGCACUCGCAGCACAGUGGUGCCUGCAGUACCCCCCCUUGUCGCCACGCGAUACUGAUAUUACCAUGCCGCAAUUUCUUGGCAUCCAGGAAAAAGGCGUCAGCGCGUGGAAUUUCGACCCCGACUACGAAGUGAAUCAGGGUGCGAUGGUUUCUGGCCGCACGGAGAUCCAGUUUCUCGGCGGCAGCCCUGGCAUGAGCCAGAGCGAGGGCGGCGCUUGCACGAUGCAAAGCAACCUGCCUCUUCCAAAAAUGAAAGAUGUGUACUACUGGGAAGCCAAGAUGUUUUCCAAGCCUGCCACGACCACCGUUGCGAUCGGCCUUGCAACCAAGCCGUAUCCCUCUUUCCGCUUCCCGGGCUACUGCAAGCACUCUGUCGGCUACUUUUCACACCAUGGACUGAAAUGCUAUAACCACCCGUUCCAUGCCCAAUCCUACGGACCAGCAUACAUACAGGGCGACGUGAUUGGGGUUGGAUUCCGUCCGCGCACGGGCGCCGUCUUUUUUACGCAGAAUGGGCGCAAGCUCGGCGAUGCGUUUGUCGGGCUGCACGAGUUUAAUCUAUUUCCCACCAUUGCUGCCGAUGGGCCCGCUGAAGUGCAUGUAAACUUUGGCCAGGCUGGCUUUGUACUCAUCGAGGCGAAUGUUAAGCGGUGGGGACUUGCGCCCAUGGUCGGCACACUUGCACCGCCGCCUGCGUACGGCCACGAUAUUGGCAGUAUCCUCAUCGAGACGGGGUGCAAAGCGAGCGAGGGGCAGCCAUGCUUGCCAUUGGACUCGGUCCGUGCCGUGGCAUCUCCGAGCGAGCCGCGUGUGCCGCCGUAUGCGCUGCCUCAAGCCAUGAACUGGGCACGCUCCACGCCGCCCCCACAGCACGGGAUACGGAUGGACACGCUGCACUCGCCUGCACGCUCGUCGAUUGCGUCACCAUCUACACACGAGAUCGUAGGCAUGCAGCCGCCGCCGUACUCGGCCGCAGCGCAUGCGCCGCCGGACGCCGAGUCCGACAGCCGCGCGCAGGAAGCGAUGCCUGUUGCGGUGCGCACAUCGCCGCAGCCCCUAGCGCAGUCUGCGUCGCGCCCGUGGCUCUCUUCUCUGCGCCACCUAGCGGCAACCUGGCAUCACGCGCGCGAUGCAGACGAUGCAGCGCAAGAAACACACACCGAACUUCUUGGCGUUUCUGUGGAAUAG